AUGGUGAAGGGGUUCGCUGGAUUUGAUUCGGAUUUGAUUUGGGGCAGUGGCUUCAUUGCAACCCAUGUCCUGGAGACUCUUCUCGCACGAGGUCACUCGGUUGUCACCACCGUCCGCUCUCAACAAAAGGCGCAAGCUAUUCUCGCUGGUCAUCCAGAGCUAUCAAAAGAUCGACUUGACUGUGCCAUUGUGGAGGAUAUAGCUAAAGCUGACGCUUUUGACAAUGCCGUGAUAUCAGAGCCUCCGUUCGAGGCUGUCAUUCAUACUGCUAGCCCUUAUCACUUCCACGCCAAGGAUGCGAAGGAAUUGCUGAUUCCAGCGAUCACUGGAACGACUGGGAUCCUCAAAUCUGUGCAGAAGCAUGCGCCCUCAGUCAAGCGCGUCGUUGUGACUUCUUCCUUUGCAGCAAUCAAUAAUGUUUACGCCAAGGCUAAGGGAAAGGUGUACUCAGAGGCUGACUGGUGCCCUAUUACUGAGGCUCAAGCCAACGAUAACCCCGCCAACGCUUACCGGGCUAGUAAGACAUUUGCUGAACGAGCUGCUUGGGACUUUGUCCAGAACGAGAAUCCCUCAUUCGACCUUGCCGUCAUCAAUCCACCGCUUGUCUUAGGCCCUAUUGCACACAACCUCGCCUCUCUAAGCGCCCUCAACACCUCCAACGAACGCAUUCGAGACCUCAUCACCGGUGCAGCGAAGAAUAGGUGUCCACCGACAGGCAACUAUCUCUAUGUUGACGUACGCGACCUAGCACUGGCUCAUGUCCUUGCGAUCGAAAAGCCCGAGGCUGGCGGUAAACGUUUCUUCACGGUGUCGAGCCAUUUCUCCAACAAGGAAAUUGCAGAGAUCAUCGGCCAAGAGUUUCCCCAGUUCAAAGAUCGACUGCCUUCCGGCGAUGCUCUUAUCCCAGGAGACUACCCGGCUGAUGGAGUGUAUGGCUUUGAUAACACACGAGCUCGCGAGAUCCUGGGUGUACCGUUCCGGCCCCUCAAGGAGAAAUCCCGCCCUCGUCAACCGCGCUCGAAGAGAAGACAGGUCUCUCGUGCCUGCGACUGGUGCCGUUUGAACCGAAUCAAGUGCGACGACGCGCAGCCUUGUCAGAAUUGCUCCAAACGUGGGGGCGAUUGCACGAACAACAGACAAGCCGAGUCGAACCAGUCGUCGCCGACAGCCAACAGGGAGAUUCAACAACUACGGCUACAGAUUACGGAGCUACAGGAGCAGCUUAAACUUGUGAGCCAGUACACGCAAGACCAAGCCUUGUCGAAGUACGCAUCACCGCCCCGCUCGAAUGUCUCUGUUCAGUCUACUACCCCCAACCAUCUCACUUCUCAUGAAGCGCCAUCGUUGAAUGCAGCCAGAUGGGAAGGUAUCUGGCUUUCAGAAGGGAAUGAAGGCCGUUCAAUUUACUACGGCCCAUUAUCAUCUCGAUUCUUCGCAGAUCGAACGAGCAGGUUCCUAUCUAAAAAGAUCAGAGAGUCAGCUUCAGAGCAUUCAACCCUUUUAUCGAUCUCUCAACUCAACCAAUCUGCUAGCACCCUACUCUUACCAGAUUACCUGGAUCAGGACCAAUCAUGCAAGACAACCCGGAAUUUCAGCAACGAUCAAGAGUUCGAGGAGCUUACUCGUGCCCAAGAAGAAUACUUUAUCGACCUACUUUGGCAAACGUUUCAUUGCAUAUACCCUGUCAUUAUCGAAGACGAGUUUCGGGAGUACUACGACUCCACAUGGACGGCCACGGAUGAUGGAACCAAGCGCAAUUCUUCGGCGCUUGUUGAUAGCCUACUGGCUGUUUGCAUGCAGUAUGGGAGCAGUUUCCUAACAAGUGAUGAUCAAGGGAAUAUGAGUGGGUCUCAUGUCGAAGCUGCGUUGAGGACUGGUCAUGCACUCCACCGUCGAUCUCAAACUCUCAUUCUCAAUGAACUUGAGAGGCCAUCAGUUCUGACACUGCAAAGCCAACUGUACUGCGUUAUUUUUCUUUGCAAUGAUUCAUCUCUGAAUUCAGCAUACAGCUAUCUAGGCCUCGCGGCGAGGACGGCUCAAACGUUAGGGAUACAUGCACAGUCCAGGGACGAGCUUUCCUCAAGAGAAAAGCAGCUGCAUCGCCGAAUUUGGUCCACCCUCUUCACGCUGGACAGCCAGAUAUGCAUGAUUCUGGGCCGGCCGCCACUCAUAGACAGUGGAGAGAUUGAUCUCACUUCCCUGAGAGACGGCCGAGAAGAAAGCCUACUAUCUGGAUCAAUGUUGACCAGUCCCAACGAAGAUAUCACCUGGCUCAGCUUUCAUACACAAUCCGCUCGCCUAGUCUCGCUCGUGAGAGGUGUCCAAAGUGUAUUCCAGACCAAAUGCGCGCAGACGCUUUUAAGAAAGGCCUUGAAUACAAUAUAUGAAGAUCCAUUCUCGCUCGAAGAGUUAGCUGGCUUCCUCGCUCAGAAUGCUCGCGUUAUGUACGAAUGGGCAUGCAAUGUUCCCGAGUCCCUCAAAAUCUCCCGGAAGGGUUCCGGAGAAUCGCUUUCUACGGAGCGCACUCCUCUUAAUUUCAAUCAAUUCAGUCCCAUCUGGCUCCAGCGACAGCAAAUUCUGCUUGAAAUUCUAUACCAUCAUCUUCAGUUGUCAAAUUUUCGGUCCUUUUUGCGGUUUACACCUGGAUCUUCAUCAAUUACGCCUCUGUCUGAUUGUCACAGCAUAAACUGUCUCAAUCAUGCAAUAGCUCUGACGAACAUUCUGCAUCAAGUCCUCACCGAGACAGACCUACUACGAGGCUGGUCCGCCAUUUUCCAAUAUCAAUGGGAUGCAGCUCUUUGUAUUCUUGGGUUCAUUCUGUCUAAUCCCGUCUGCCCACCUACCCCCGGAGCUCGAAAAUGCAUACAUACCGCAAUUAAAUGUUUCGACAUUAUGGGCGAAUAUCUCCCUGUUGCAAGAAAGGCAGCUCAGAAUAUGCGAGAAGCUGCUGCUCAAGCAGAAAUCCUUGCUGAGCAGGUUCACAAUACCUUGUCGUUCCGCCGGCCAGCCAAGCGAGACCACCUUGGCCAAAAUAAGGUACCAGCUGCCCGUUCAGUUACCAGUGCGGCUGUGCAGGAAUUAGCUGCCCCGGCUUUGACGCCUGAAUACCUUCAGUGUCUCUCAACGGAACCCAUGUUCGAUCCACUGAAUUUUCUGGGGAGUCCUACUAGUUUACUGGAUGAUAUGGAUGUCAUGUUUCACGGACCGUCGGAGAGCCUUAUGAGUGUUGAAACAGAUGAGCUGCUAGCUGGGAUACAAUCAUCGUGGAUACCACUUACUGAGCGAGUUCUACCGCCAUGA